GGUUAAAAAGUGACUCAUGUGUACGCACAUGUAAAUUUAUCGAUUUAAAUUAAGAUUAAGAUUUCAUGUGAAAAGUUCUCUAUAAUAUACAAAAUUAAUUUACUCUGAAUUUACUUUUAAAGUGACAUAAUAAAAAUGUUAUGCUCUAAGGCUGGUUCGUUAUUCAGAAUUAUCAUAAACGAUGCAAUUCAUCGAGAAACUGGAUACGUCGGGAUCUCAACAAAAUCAUUCUCCUCAUUAGUGGAAGUAAAAAAUGCAAAGCCUAUUCCUGAUAAAUUAUAUAAAAAAAUAGAAAUUGAACUUAAAGGAAAUGAUCCUGCUGUAUUGAAGAGUUAUGGCCAAUUUACUGAAAUAGCUGCAAACCAUUUAGAAAUUAAUAUGAUAAGAAAUACAACACCUAGAAAAGCUGUGCAUGAACGAUUAACAGUGUUAAAAUCUGUACAUGUACAUAAAAAACAUCGUGUACAAUAUGAAAGCAGAACUUACUUUAGAUUUAUGGAUUUUGCAAAAUUAACAGGAUCAACUGCAGAUACUUUCUUAGAAUAUCUUCAACGAAAUUUACCAGAAGGUGUAGCAAUGAAAGUUACAAAGGUUGAAUUACAGAAAUUACCAGAAUCUAUACUGAUACCACCGAAUACUGCUUAAUUUUAGAUAAUUAUUAAAAACAUGCUACCAUAGUACGUAUAGUAAAUUAAAUGAAAGUAGACUUAAAUAAUUUAUCUAUAUAUCAUAAACUACUUUUUCAUAGAGAUGUGUCUACAAAAUGUGUGUAAAAUAUCAUGUUUCAUACU